CCGAAAGUAUUGGGCCGAAUACCAUGUUAUACGCCAGAAAAUAUUGUUUCUUUACUUUUCAAAACUAGUAUGAUGUUUCGAACGAUUUUUUUCAAGUCUCGAGGAAAUCCUACGCGAACGACAUGUGAACUCUUGAUUAAGCAAAGCACGAAUGGUGUAUCAGUGAAACUGGCAUGAAAAUGUACCGUGGUGUUAAGUGGCCUCUGUGAUAUUGCGAACGGUGCUUAACCUAACUUUUUGUCGACGCUUCUACACGGCGUUUUCUUACGCGUAAUGUUCUUUCGAUAACGAACUCGUAACCAAGUGAACGCGAUUCGCGAAAACUCUCGUUUCUUUUUCUUUCAUUUUUUUUUUUCUCUUCUAUGUAUAGAAUGUGAUUCUUUCUUACCGCUUUUAUGUAUGUUUUUAACUUACCGUAGAACACGAGACUCUGUGAUUGUAGUUUUACGAAACGCUGAAAAUGUUUCUAGUUAAUAUUUGAUUUUGAUCGUGUCGUUGAACGAUACGAAAAUUCAUUUUCCAGUAUUUACGCGAUCGUGUUCUCAACAAUAUUACAUUUAACGCUUACGUUUAAAUUGUAAUAUAUGUUUAUUUUCAUUAUUUUCCCUUUACCUUGAUCGUGAUUUUUCUACCACUUGCCAGUGACUAUGUAUAACGUAUUUCUUGAUAGUCGUUAGAAAGAUAUGGGUCAAAUGUCUCAUCUUUUAUACGUGUGUUAUAUCAAUUGCGAUUAGCAACCCGUCGCCUGUCUUUUUAUCGCUUUCCUUUAACAAUGGUUUUAGGUAAGCCUGUUGUUUGAUCGUCGAUACUUAUUGCGCGAAAGAUUAGGUCGCACUGUGUCAUAAAUGUCUUUGGUUGCCUCGUGUUUCUGUAGCUUCUGUAGCCACAGAAAUCUGUAAUUAUUAUUUGUCGAACAGAAAUGCUUGCAUCGUGUCCGUCUGUGUAUUGUGUCGUGCAGUGUGCUUACAUUUGAUCAAGUUUCACUUUUGCGUGAAUUAUAUAUUAAUGUUUGCGACAAACUGGUGAUGGUCAUGGUGACAUUAAAUCUAAAUUAUAAUCGCGUGAUAAAUUAUUACAAAUAAGAACCGAAUGAAAUGGAUAACAGAAAGCACACAUGCUCUGGGAAUUGAUGGGUAUAUGCUUUUCCUGCAGGAGACCUACAGGCAGCAGGCUAAAUAAUAAAAUCUCAGAGCAUAUCUCAGCAUCAGUAAUACCCCUCCAUGUUUGUCUGGAGGAACAAAGAGGACCAGAACUGGGCUCUUGCGAAGCCUUGGCUCGUAAGCCGCAGGUUAAAAAGUUAUUUGAAAAAGAAGAAGCAGAAGAAAAGUGCAGGGAAGAAGUGGGGGCUGAGUUUGUUCGAAUCGAGGCAGAAGAUUUGAAACACAGUCAGCCGAGCAUGGCCAACACUAUCAGUAAUAUGAAAAUGACUAACCGCAUUAAGGGACUAGUAAGCAAACGUCGUAAGCGUUUCACGGAAGAUGGUUUUGAUCUUGAUCUCACAUAUAUAAGGGAUAACUUAAUAGCAAUGGGUUUCCCUGCUGAAAAAUUAGAAGGGGUAUAUAGGAAUCACAUAGACGAUGUUGUUAAGCUAUUGGAAUUCAGACACAAAGAUCAUUAUAAAAUUUACAAUCUAUGUUCAGAAAGGUCUUACGACUUUAAGAAAUUCAAGCAAAGGGUAGCGACUUACGCAUUCGAUGAUCAUAAUCCACCAAUGCUGGAUCAGAUCAAACCGUUUUGCGAGGACGUGCACCAAUGGCUUUCUCAACACCAAGAAAAUGUAGCUGUAGUUCAUUGUAAAGCGGGUAAAGGUCGGACGGGCGUAAUGGUUUGCUGUUACCUUCUUCACACGAAACAAUUUCCUACUGCCACAGAAGCCCUUAAUUAUUAUGGAACUAAAAGGACACACGAUAGGAAAGGGGUAACGAUACCUUCUCAGAGGCGGUACGUGGAUUAUUAUGCUACUCUUGUCCAAGAGGGUUUGAGUUAUCAACCAGUCACACUGUUAUUACGGAAAAUACAACUAGACCCAGCACCUAUUUUUCACGGAGGUCAAGGAUAUCUGCAUUGUGUAAUAUCUGAAUCGAAAAAGAGAAUAUUUAGUUCAGAUAUAGUGGAAGUACGAAAAGGAAUGCAUACUGUCUCCAUUCCUUUAAAACACAGUGUUGCAUUGACGGGAGAUAUACGCGUGGAUUUCUUUAACAGACCAAAAAUGAAGCGGAAGGAAAAGUUGUUUCAUUUUUGGUUCAAUACAUUCUUUGUGCGAGACUACUUAACGCCAGAAUACGAUAACGGAGAGUUACCAGUCGAGCGUUCAACGAGGGCAUUAAGUUGUGACGGUACAACUAUGGAAUUACCUAUGGUCGUGUCACACAUGAAGCCUAGAGCAGGAUCGCUGGCUAGUCUCGGACCUAUGCCACCUACUCUCGUUUUAAGUAUAGACAAAUGGGGCUUGGAUGAUGCGCACAAGGAUAAACAUCACAAAGCGUACAGUGCAGAUUUUAAAGUUAGCUUAUUUAUGCACCAAAUGGGCGGUAGUAUAUCGCAAACUGUGCCAGCGACAACGAACAGAACGGGAGAGGGUAUACAAAUAGGAAUAGGGGGACAAGAAACUCCCAGUGAAUCCAGUGAAGCGGAUAGCAGCGAAUGCGACACAACCGGAGAUACAACCGGAGAUGAAGAUGGGGAAUCUGGUGAUAAUGACACACCCAAGCCAGCGGACAAGUUUUUUCAUACCGUUAUGGAGGAAACGAACACCUACGUUACAUGGCCGUCCCGGCUGAAGAUCGGAGCAAAGUCGAAGAAAGAUCCGCAUAUAAAGGUCGCGGGUCGACCCGAUGACGUGCGAACCGCUAAGGAGAAGAUAAUGGAAAUUUUGGACACGAGGCAGAGCAACAGAGUAACCAUGAAGCUGGACGUUAGUUACACCGACCAUUCGCACAUUAUUGGAAAGGGCGGUCUGACGAUUAAACGAGUGAUGGAGGAAACCGGCUGUCACAUUCAUUUCCCGGACAGUAACCGUAGCAAUCACCAAGAGAAGAGUAAUCAAGUCUCCAUUGCUGGAGAAAUGGAGGGUGUCGAGAGAGCCCGUGCUCGAGUCAGGAAUCUUACGCCCCUGAUAUUCUCGUUCGAGUUGCCGAUCAUGGGUUCCUCGCAGACCGUUCCCGACUCCACCUCCCCGUACGUGGUUAAGAUCCAAGAGAAGUACAACGUACAGGUGAUGUUCCGUACGAGGCCAAAGUUGCACGCCACCCUGGUCGUGGUGAAGGGCUGCGAAUGGGAGGUGUCGCAAGUGAAGGAAGCGACCGUGCUACUGAUUCACUAUAUGUGCCAAAACUUAGCUAGUCAAAUACAAGUACAAAUGUCGAUGGAGAUCUCACCGCAACAUCAUAGCAUCGUGCUGGGGAAGCAGAGCUGCAACUUGAAGAUGAUCAUGCAGCGCACAGCCACGCAAAUCAUGUUCCCGGACGCCGGUGAUCCAAACAUUCCCAGUUUGAAGAAGAGCAACAUCACGAUCACAGGUGGCAUCCAUAACGUCUACUUGGCCCGACAACAGUUAGUGGGCUCUUUGCCGUUGGUUUUGAUGUUCGAUCUACCGGAGGAUACUAUGCCGUCCGUCGACACGGACCACAUCUCCCAGCUGAUGCAGACGUUGGACGUGUUCAUAAACGUUAGGCACAAACCGAAGCAAAGCUCGCUCUCCGUGAUCAUCAAGGGAAUCGAACGUAACGCCGGAAGCAUUUACGAAGCGAGGAAACAGCUGUUGGGCUUGGACGAGCCGAGGAUGCACGCGGAGAUUCCAGCCACUUAUCAUAUCCCGAACGCCGGUAAUGUCUUUCAGGGAAACACCAUCAACGGGACCGGUUCCAACAAUAUGGUCGGCGGCAAUCUGUCGGAGAACUUGUCGAAUUUGCUGUCGGUGAACACGCAGAAUCCUCCGUACUGCGUGUCGCCGGUGUCCCACUCGCCGAAUCCGAUGGGCUUGUCGCCACAUUGGGGCUUACCCUCGAUACCGUCCAUGUUCUCGCCUCUGCCUCUUCAUCAUACCUACCCGUAUCCGCACCUGAACCACUUGCUGACCACGCAGCACGUGAUGCACAACAACGCGAUGUCUCAUCAUCCCCACGGAAUGCAGAAUCACGCGUACGCCGGCAUCGGGCAACUUCACUCGAACGUGCCAUCUGUUGCCAGCUUUCACAGUAUUCACGGAUUGAACGGCGGCUCGUUGGCGGACAGUAAAGAGAGCAGCGCAUACUCGUCGCUGAGCAGCGUCUCCAGUUCUCUAUCUAGUCCCGCGAUCAGUCCUCGAAACGUGUCACCGGUCAAUCCAACGGAGACUAGUCCUAAUUUAGUAGGUGAUUUAUGUGGCGUAUUAUCCGACCUAACGGUGAACGAUCGACGUGCACCCGGCUGCGAGAAGAAAUCAUUGGAAAUGGCUGUGCAACAGAAUCUCGCUCCCUUCGACUACGAGCAGAAGAAAAUCUUAGCUGUGAAAGCGAUGCAGUCGAAACCGACCUCCAACGAGUAUCGCGUACCCACUUCCUCGUGGUCCGGCUACGGACUCAGUCAAUCCAUUCCUCCUAUAAGCACGACCGACUUGAUCAAGCAGGAAUUGACCACCUCCCAUCCGUCUGAUUUGUGGAAAGAACCAACGACGCCGGUGUUCAACAGAGAGAUUGACUUCGGAAUCGGAUCCGGCAAAGACUGCGUUGGACAGAUCGGCAUAAGUUCCAAUUACAUGGAGCACACGCCGACCUCGCAUCUAAAGAAAAUCAUGUCUCACAGAUACAACGACUUGACCAGCAUGCUGACCAGCGUAGGAUUGGAAAAAUAUAAUCGCCUGUUCUCGUCUCACGAGGUGGACAUGUCUACGUUCCCCUCGUUGACGGAGAAGGACCUCAGCGAAAUCGGUAUAACCGCUUGGGGCGCGAGGCGCAAAAUAAUGCUGUUGAUCGCUGAGUUGAAUAAACGAUCUAGUCCAUUUUGCGGUAGCGCCGCCCCGGGCGCGGAACGCAAGGCGACCACGUCGACGACUUCGACCUCGAUGGAGAAGUGCAAUCUAGACGGCAAAUGGUAAACAGGACGAGGAGCAAUGUGGCGAGUCUCGCGGCAAUUAACGCGAAUCGGAUGCGACACCGGAUCUAUUUCGAACUGUUGUACUUAACUGUUCGCACUGCGCUCGCGCGCGGACAAUCCCAUUUCAAGAUACAAAAGAAUCCAGAAUCGAAAUCGAAUUUACGCGGGCCAGCCCGCCGACUCGACAGUAGGGGUCAAAAACAAGUAUAAUUAGUAAGUUAAUUUGCGAUUACGAGGCGCCGGACGAACACAUCGAAUGAUUCUUUUUUUCCGAUCGAGGACCGUUUCCAACUCUUUUUUUUUUUUUUUCAUUUUUUUUUCCUCCCCGCGGUCCUCGGUUUCGCGCGCUCGGACGGCGCCUUAGGUUAAGGAGCUCGUUACUACUUUCGUUUCGUUAACUUUUUUUUUACGUUGCUGGGAGCCCUUUGCGCGCUGUCGAUCGCAUCGACGACGCGCAACGGCUUCGAACGAUCUUUCCCCGGUCCAGCGACGCUCGGGCGGAUCGACGCUUCUCGUCGUCGACUCGCCACGGUGGGCGUCGCUCGACGGCGCGUUCGUGUAUCGUGUGUGUUGUGUGUAACGGUGAAGAGGUUCGUGAUGUGGCGUACAGUGUAAAUCGGUGAUAACGGUUCGAUUAGAUUAACGAAGCGUCGAAGAAGCUUCGGUGUUUGAUACGCGAUGGGCGGGGGAUGUCCCGUGCGUUCAGCGGCGUUUCGCCCUAGCAAAGUUAAAAUAUUUAAUCUCGACUAAGCUCGAAAUCCGGCGGGCGGGCAACAACGCCUGCCCGCAGCCGCAUUUUCGAGUUUUACAAAGUAACAAAGUAUUUAUUAUUCACUCGCGAAAUACGCUGAACGCACGCCGAGCUACUGCAAGAAUUCUUUCCACGUUAAGAACCGGAAGGACGGACGUUGCAAGCUUUGAACGUUCGAGGACGCUUCGAGUCAAGUACGGAGAAUGGAUACUUGCCUCUUCGCGGAUUAAUGUCAUACGUCGUACACUAUCUGGCAAGUGCACGUCUCGGGACAGAACGUUCGUUCUUCGUACUAUAAAUAACGACGUUCAAUACGACUCGAGCCUCGAAGUAUCCUCGAAAAUCUGAUUCGAGUUCAACUCGACGAUUAACGUUCCCCACGUUCGACGAGUCUUUUGCAGCUACAAAAUCAAUCGUAAUCGAUCGAUCGCGCGAUCGAUUACUUCGGGUGCGUCGUAAGUUCUCCACACUUUUCUUUUUUUUUUCUUCUUUUUUUUUUUUAUGCCGAAGUACUGGAUAUGCAUGCACUCGAGGAACGCUAUUUUCGUUGCAAUAAACCGUACGCGCGCGUUCACGGUACAGUUUUCACAGUUUGCAAUUUUACGGAAGUAAGAUGUCUCGCUCGAUAUAUAAAUUAUUAAUAUUUUAAACCCUUUUUUUUUUCUUUUUUUUUUUUGCACAAAUGAAAUAGAAGCGUUGGGUAACGAGCCGACGCUUCGCUCGCUGUAAUUUGACAACAUUUAGGGAACAGACGUAUUCCGUCAAACGCGAUCCAGGCGUCCAAUUAAUUUAUAUCGUCAGGUAUACAAAAUUGCUCUGUUGAUCGGUAGAAAGUCGGAACAAAGUCUCGCGGCCGAGCUUUACCGGGAAAUGCCUAGCGAACAAUUUUACCGCUGAAAGUUCUUGACUAAGUCUUUUGUGAAGUCUUUUUAUGCAUAAAUUAUUCAUUUUUGGUGCAGUACGAUUGCGUGCUCGGGAGUAAUCGAAAUGUUAGUA